AUGUAUUCGGCAAACAGAAAACAAGACAUGAAAUUAGCUAAACUAAUUGGACAUACGCUACACCGUAUCAACCUACAAAGAAAAAGAACAGAGGGAUCCACAAAAGGGAAAAAUAUCAGAGGAAGACCACUACUCGAUUACAUGGGUCAACUAGCUAGAGAUAUAGGAUGCCCUAUGCUCAACUUACUGCAAUUUAAAAAGAAAAAUAGAGAAGUGAGAAUAAUUGACAAAUGCUGCCAAUCAGCCCCUGGGUUGUUAACCAAAAUAAUGAUUACCUACUAAAUAUUGGAAUGAAUAGAAUGAAAAUUUCCAAAUAGGGGUAGGGAAAGAGUAGACUGGCGAGACGCAUGUAGUAUUUUGAUUUUUAUAAAUUAUUAUAUAAUUUAAUAAAUUAUUGGUUUGAUUUUGAAUCGCUUGAAACACGUCAUGAGGUCAUAAGUAUUACGAAAGAUCAAAAUUCAUCUUUAUAUUAGUACCUAUAAUAUAAAAUUAUAUGAGUUGUAAUCAAAAUAUAUUGGUGUGUUUUGACGACAAGGCCCCUCAAGGGUUAUCUACCGACGUAAAUAAUUUAAUCGGGACAUAAAUUCGCGAGUCGUCAUUGAGCCGGUAACAUAAUGCUGCUAGUGAUAGACGUUUUCAAAAAGUUUAUAGUUUUAUACCAUCGAUAGUUUUCAAAUUACUCGUCGCGCGAAUAUCCAAUUGGGUGUCUGAAAAUAGAGUUAUCGGAAAACACGUUUUCGACUGCACAGGUCGAUGAAGAACGUCGAACGUCAUAUUCGAGGGACCAGCAUUAGACGCGGAAUUCACUCGGUGACAUUAUAUUAUUAUACUUUUUGCACUUUGUCGUUUAAGAUUUUAGAAUGAUAAUAUUAUAUCCGCAUACCCGCGACGUUUCUUAAAUAUCGGUUUAUGGAUUAAUAAGCUGUUUCUCGGGAAACAACAUGAACGAAUUGUUCCAAUCGAAUUAUCACAAAAACUAAAAAAAACCACCGCGCAUACGUUCGCAACUCAAAUCACAACAAGACGUAUCUGCUUCAGGGAUUCCACCUUAUAAUUUUUGUUUGAAAAUUGGAAUUCCAAUCAUGUUUUAGGCAUCCUCGUACCUCCGAAAAACUACGACGGCGCGCAAGGGCUGAUUAACGUUUCACAUAGAAAUGAGCAAAAAAAUCCUGGUGCACCAUAAUAAUAUACAUAUAACAUAUAACUUAUACAUAACUGACGCAGUGUCAUUUACUUUAAAAACUUGAAAAAAAAAAAUGUAUUUAUAAGAAAAAAAAAAAAAGCAGUUUAUAAUAUCAAAUGAAAUAUUAAACUAUUUUGUUUAAAAGUGGUUGACGUUGAAAUAUAAUAUCGUCUAUUAAUUUAUCAUAACCAUAAAUAAGCCAUUGUAAUUCGCCAUUAAAAAAUUAUCAAAAUAAACGUAUUUAUUCAAAUGGUGAGUAAACGCACGUUUGUGUCAUGUUUACUCGGUGUUAAACAGCAAUCAUUUAUUUAUAAUAUUACGCGAUUAAUGGUUUUGUAUACGAAAAAUAAAUAGAAAUCCGUGUGAUGAAAUUAUUAUUAAUCCGGUAAUAUAUUGAAAAACCGUGUCAUAAUAUCAAUGCAUAACGGCCGUCAUCGAUCGUCUACAACAUUUUACAGACAUCUGCGAAGAUUAUACAGACAAAAAGCCAUUCGACUUCGAUUCGUCUACAAGUAACCAUACAAUAGCUGAUUGUUUUGGUAAUAUUAUUUUCCGAGUUGCUUUUGUUGAAAUGAAUUUUAAUUGUUUAAUCGUUGUUCCGUGUUUUUUUAUUUUACUAUCCAUAUUUUUGACAAACGUAAUAUCAGAAUGGGAACCCAGCGAUGGUUUUUUAGUUUGUAGUAAUAGCUGUUUCCAAUUGUGCGAAAAUAAUAUUACGCAUUGUAUAAGUUGUCUAUUGCAGUGUCCUCCAGGAGUUGAGCCAAUAGACGUCUCUAAUUGGACGGGUAUAGAUUGUGAGGAUGACAUGAACCAAUGUUACAACAGCGAUAACGAGACUGUGUGUUGCAACAACGAAUGUUCAUAA